AUGGCGACCCUCCUGCCGCACAUUGCACGAACCCAGAGCAACACCAGUCAGCUCAGCGGCUCCAAUGGUUCUGGAGCCCCCCCUUCGAACACCCGACGAACCUCGCUGUCCUCAUUCCCGCCCUCACGCUCGCCCUCACAGAUGUCGCGCCCGCCAAAGUCCCCACAGCCGCCCAUCCAUGAGUCGGACCUCACAUCGGAGCUCAGCCAGAAGCUCAAUUCUUCCUCCCCAGCGAACCCAUCCUCCCAGCACUCGUCGCUCUCUGCGCCAUUGCGGUCGGAUGCAGGCACCUCUCGAAAGCUGCGCUCACAAUACCCCCGCGGGGCCACCGAGAACCAUGUGGAAUAUAUUUUGGUUGCGUCCUUUGACAUUGACCGCGGGCCGGUCAUGGAGCAUCAGUACCCCGUCGCAAUCACCGGCGACGAGAACAUGCUUGCGGAGCUGAUGCUGCCUGACCAGGCCCAUGCGCGCAAUCAGGACUGGACCAUUUUUUUCCUGCACAAGGAAAGUAACGAGGAGGAAGAGGAGAAAGAGAGACAAGCCAAGGAGGAGCGCAGGCGGAGGCGGAGGAGAAGGCGCAAUAAAUUGGCGGGGAUCAUUGACGAGGAGGACGAGGACGACAUGGACGACGACAAGGACGAAGACGCUGACGAUGACCUCGACGAUGAUGACGACGAGUCCACCGACAGCGAGCCCGAGGGGGGGGAAGGCCCCCCGUUGAUUUAUGUUCUGAACUUGGUCAACACAAAGCACGACAAGACGGUGAAACGAGGCGCCAUUGUGAAAUCCAUGGCCAUCUGUACCCGGCAUCCCUUUCUGCACAUAUACAAGCCAUUGCUGCUUUUGGCCUUGGAGGAAUACUUGAAGGCCCCUGUCCCCGAAACCUUGUCGGCUCUGUACGAUUCUGUCAAUGCCAUGGACCUGUCCUUGAUGCCCAGGCUGAGUCUCCUGGAAAGGCACCUGCUGCAAGCCAGUGACAAUCGGGAUCUGUUCGUUGAGAAGUUCGAGCAGAUGAUUCAGAUGCGCAUGGCCGAGGAUGAAAACGAGACGGCCCCGGCAUCAGCCGUAGAAGGAAGCUUCAGUCCCACGAAACGCGCAGGUAUCUCUAGAACCGGAACCAGGGCUCAAGUGGAAGGCGGGCAGACCGUGUAUUCCGUCCCGCGGGACACUCACGAGUUCGAGACCAAGAUUGUCUACAAGGGUAUUCCAGUGCCUGUUAAGGUGCCGACUGCCGUCAUGCCUGAGACUGUGGGUGACUUCUCACUCAUCAAGUUGAUCCAAAAUUUCUCCGAUACGCAUACGAAGAAUCCUCUGCCAUUCCCGCUGCAUGCCCAUCUGACGACGAACGGCACUCACACUCACCCCAUUAUUGUACUGGUGAAUGGCCUGUUAACGCAGAAGAGAAUUAUUUUUCUUGGGUACAAUAUGCCUUCAGGAGAUGUGGCUGAGGCUGUGCUCGCAGCCUGUGCUCUGGCGUCGGGUGGUCUCUUGCGGGGCUUUACGCGGCACGCAUUCCCCUACACCGAUUUGACCAAGAUUGAUGACCUCCUCAAUGUCCCUGGUUUCAUCGCCGGUGUCACUAAUCCGGCCUUCGAGCAUCACUCUGAGUGGUGGGAUAUUCUCUGUGAUCUACCAAGCGGGCGUGUGAAGAUCAGCCCCAAGAUCGAGGCGGCUCCUGCAACCGAGGGCUUGGUCUAUUUCCAGCAGCAGAACCCUUCACUGGCCACUCUUGCCAGCGGCACUUCCAACAACAGCCAGGAUCUCACGGGCGAUUCCGCCUUUCUAAAUGACAUCCUCCGCAGCAUAGCAGCUCGGCACGGAGAGCGUGUCAUCCGUGCAAAGUGGCGCCAGUGGAUUCUGAAGCUGACGAGGAUCGCCGCUCAGUUUGAGGAGAGCGUCUACGGAGCAAGUGCUCUAUAUAUUGGCAGCGAGGACCGGGAGUUGACCCUACCUGGCGCAAGCGGACAUGGAUACGUCUGGCCUGACGAUGCAGCAAAGCAUAAGGAGCUAGCUGGCAACGUGACAAGGAUCGAGGGUUGGCGUAACACCCGAAGCUACUACAGCUAUAUCCAGGAUCUGGCCCAGCUCUACACCGUCCGCCCUCUCAAGGGACUCGAUGUUGCGCACAUGCACGACCGUCUACGUUUGCAGCGUCUCUCACCGACGCAAAGUCGCGAUAUUUACCUGACACUGUCUAGACACAUCCAUUCUUACGACGAGAUCUGUCUUCUUCUCAGCGUCGCCCCCGAAAACCACGCCGGGCUCUUCUAUAUCGCCCUCGGUCUGUUCCACAAGGACCCCGAAGUCCGGAUGAAGACCGUCGAGCUUCUGGAGCGCAUCAGCGAGCACGAGGCCGGCCAGCAUUGGUGGAGAGGCGUCAGCCGCUUCGAGAAGCUCGCCUCGCAACGCAUCCGCCGCGAGAGCGAUGCAGCAGAGGCGCGAGAGAAACUUGCAAAGGAAGUCAUGUCGCCACAGCCAGAUGUCGAGACUAGGCUUUCCUAG